ACUAAAAGUUUUCGUUGUGAUAACUCAUACACUUUCUCUCACUUUGGUGUUUGCAAUUUGCAAAAGACAGCAACCACUAUAAAACCAACCAUAUCAACCAAGCACCUUCCGCCCCUUCUUUUCAUCACUACUCUCUUACGUUUUCCACUCUAAACUAUCUAUUAUAGUUCCAAAAACUAUGACAACAACCAUACUCACAACAGAAAGAAGAAAAAGAAGAAGAAACAAUCUCAAACGACUCAACCAAUGUUUCUCAACUUUCAUACAACCUUUCACUCCUACAAUCACUUCUUCCCUUCAACAACACCAAUUUCAUCUCAACCGUCCAUCACAUUCCACCGCUACCUCCACGUCAUCAAUCAUCGUAAAAAAUUACAACACUCUCUACCACCACCACACUACCGAACUUGAACCCGAACCCAAACCCGCUGACUUCGCCACCGCCUUCGCCUCUAACCGUUUCUUUUUCUCCUCCCCCGGUCGCUCCAACUCCAUCGUCGAAUCAACUCCACCCUCCUCCUCCACAUCUUUUUCCUCGUCGUCGUUAAUUGCCACCGCGCCGGCGCCGGCAGAUAAUACCUACAAAAACAACACGAUUUUCAACGGAAGCGUUGCGGUACCGACAUACUCGCCGGACCCUUACGUGGAUUUCCGGCGAUCGAUGCAAGAGAUGGUGGAAGCGCGUCCUGAAUUGAUGAACGACGUGAAGUCGAAUUGGGACACAUUGCAUGAACUUCUUCUUAGCUAUCUUGCGCUUAAUCCAAAGAGCACACACAAAUUCAUUCUCGGUGCUUUUUCUGAUCUUAUCGUUACCCUCAUGUCAUUCUCUUCUUCUUGUUCUUAUCCUCAGCCACCGCAUAAUUCCAACCAUAACGGUGGCGGUGACGGUGACUGUGGGUGUUAAUUGCAAAAUUUGAAAUUGUUGUUUCUCAAUUACAAUUUCUAAAAUAGCAUCGCAAAUGUAAUUUGGCACGCAUCAACGCAUUUACAUGUAUUUUUCGGCAAUAUAAAGUGAACAGUAUAAUUGCAACUGUAAUUUAGGAAGAAAUUUAGAUAUAGUUAUUAAUGAAUGAAAGGGUGCAUGUGCAUGUGUAAUUUGAAAAAUGUAACGUGGUGCCAGAUGAUCAUUGUCUCAUCAUUUUGAUUAAUUAUUAUUAUUACCACUAAAUUCUUAACCACUCA